AUGAAGUCUACAAGAAACGUUGCCGCCUUCCUGAUAUGUCUUCCCAUCAGUACCCUCACGGUCGGUCUUCGCUUCGAGCGCUCUGAGCCAGCUCCUUUGGCAAGACCAGCACCGAUAUCCGCCAACUCCGAAGUCCAGGUUCUUGGUUCUCAAACAGACAUCGACUGGGUAGAGCUCAUUGUACCAGGCUACGAGAAGGGCAGUAAUAUCGAACCUCCCGUACGGGAAUUCAUCCCCACAUACCACUGGACCAAACCGGAGGAUCUCUAG